GCUGGUUUCUCUGGCCUCCCAGAGACGCUCCACCAGCUCGUGGCAGUGGUGUUGGCCACACAACCCUUGGGUGCUGUUUGAUUAUGCCGGAUGUCACUAAGAGAAGUGGUCGCUAUAAAAUUCUGUCUCAUCUUCAUGUCAGACAGGGGCUCCAUGGCUCCGGAUGAGAGACGGGCAGCGAUGGCCAACUCCACGAGCGAUCCAGAGACCAACGAAGACCUGGAAGAUCUGACAGAAGGCCUGAAGGAACUCUGCGAGAGCCCCAGAGAGGAGAAGAGUGAGAAGGCUCCGCUGCAUUCACGCCUAGAACGGCAGCACCAGCUUAUCUGUAGACUGAAGAAAAAAACAGACCGUGUGCGCAAACGCUGCCGAGACCUGGAGCAGCUCAACGUGGACCUGGAGAAACUGAGAACAGAAGAUGCUCUGAAAGAGAAAACCCAGACCCAACCGAUGCAGCAGUUGGAGGAACGCUUCAUGGAUCUGGCCAACGACCAUGGAAAACAGAUCCAGUCCAAGAAGGAACUCAGGAAAUGGCAUAUGCAGCUGUUGGAGGAGAAUAAGCGCCUGCAGCAGGAGAACAAAGUGCUCUUCAGCCAGACUGUGUGGGACAAGGAAGCUGAAGUGCUCCAGCUCCGUGCCCGGGCCAGAAAGCUCUCGCAGCAGUUAGAGUCCCUACAGGAGAAAUGUGCUUCCAUGAGCUGCAGAGCACAGGAGCGAGAAAAGGAGCUGCUGGAAGCUCAGAGCCAGCAAGCGAGUGCCUACGCCUGGGAAGUCAAAUCACUAAAAAACCAGCUGCAACACCUGCAGGAGAAGCACCAACACACUGUCGCACAGCGAGAGCACGCAGCGAGUCGGCGGCGGGCUGAGGACAGCGAGCUGCAGGCCAAGCUGGAGAGAGUGAACGAGGAGAAAGAGCGACUACUGGACCUGGCCAUGAAGCAGGGCAAAGCUCUGCAAGGUGUGCAACGGGAAAUGGAGCAGCUGGGGAAGAAGCUGGAGAUGGCCAAGACCAGGCAGAGAGCAGGAAAGCAUCUCGCGAAAGAGGCAGCAGCGGUGGAGAAUGAUCUGAAGGUCCAAGAGCUCCAACGACAGCUCCAAAGCAGCCAGCAGGUAUACGACAAACUCUAGCUGCAGUUCCAUGCGUACAGAAAGCACAGUACGGAGUCUAAAGAAAAAGAGCUGAAUGUCAAACUGCGUCAUUUGAGUAUGUAACUGCAGCUUUCUCCUCCGUUCUUGUCUUGGCACGUGCCUUUACCGUAACACACCACUGCGUUCUGUUCCUUUCCGUGAGACCAUCUUCUGACUUCCCUGUAAUGUACUCGCCACCUUAAAUCCUCCUCAAAGGACUGUUCUCUGGCCUUGUCUUUU